GUGCCCAAUCUCGCUCGCGGAUUCCUUUCAGGAAGGGACAGGAACAGAUACUACCAUGUCCGGACAAGCGUAAACUACCUUAUGCGAGUACCCUUCCCUUUGCGGUUAGUCCUCUACUGGCUGGUCCAUUUGCACUCCACUCUAAAUCUCUUCUCUCCUACCCGACCGCACCGGCCAGACCUGGUAGACCUAGCAGGACCUAGUAAGAACUUUGCAGGGGACCUAAGUCGACCCCAGCCAGCCGAAUUCAUUAAACCCCCCAAACUCCUCGCCUGUUUUCCUCUUGACUACUUGAGUCUUCCUUCGCAAAGAUCGAAAGUUGUUCUAUUCGGAACCCCUCCCUCUCUUUUUUUUCUUUUUUUCUCUUCUCUCCCCUUCUCCCCACACCGUCUUUCGUGUUGCAGGCCAUUAACACGUAAGAUUCUGAUCUCUCAUUCGUUCUUGGAGAGCCCUCAUCCGAAGACCAUUAUCUUCUCUUUUUCACUCCGCAACCCGCGAGAUUUUUUGCUUCUCAUUGAAUUAGGAGCGUUUAUUCCAACAACCGUCCUGGGCCUCCCCCAUUUCAAAACUUAGUUCGUUGUACUGCUAGAGCUAUAUCUGUUUAUUCAUUUCUUUCUGUGUUUCGUCACUUGAUAUCAGAAUAUCGCGGGUCCCUCGACGAAUUCCAAUCUGGACUGUUAACAACGCCUUUCCUUAUUGGACAUUGGUGAUUUUUUCGAAGCUUGCGACGACUAGCGGAGUAAACUCACAGGACGCGAACUAAGUUGUAAUUCCUUGCCGGCAUCUGUCGCAAUACAAUAGUGCUCGCAUACCCCAGAUUAUACGGGAUAUUCCGUCCGAAGUUCUUUAACAUUGGGUCCUUUAACAAGCCCAGGUCAUCACGGCGCCUUGAAGGUACUCGUAAGUGCGGAGGCGCAUAGGCAUUUGAGAUAGAACGGGGAGUCGUACUUAAAAGCCGGAAUCUUAUCGAAAUAUUGCUUGG